ACUGAGCAACACUGGAAGCUUCGUGGCAGGGUGCUACAUGUGGGAAUGAGAUAGACACGCCAACUUGUGCUUGGGAGUGUCCAAAGCAGAGGACUUCCGGAUGAGACGCCAAUCUAAUUUACACAGCACAUUAAAAUGUCCAAGCCAUAUAGUUUCUUUAAAGCAGUAGUGAGGGAUGUACUGGAAGAUGAUCCAUUUUUGACAUUAUGGGAACUUAUAGAAUCCGGUUUUCAAAAUUACUGGGUGACAAUUAUCUUUACCAUUUUCUUGGGAAUCGUUUUUGAGAUAAUAUUCAUAAAAAUUUAUGCAUGCUUUCAGAAGACGAAUGCACUUCCAGAAAAAUGUGGUGCCUACACUCAGAAGAAUGAAGACAGUAACCUGAAGCACAUGGAAUUUGCUCUAAAGAAACAUCCAGUUAUUCAUCCACCUUCAGAAGAAAGAACUGACAUCUCUUCAGAAAGGAGAGUUACUUCAAUGCUUACACCUGAAAGAAAUGAAGGUAACUUCACAGAUGAAGUUUUCAUGUCAGAUGAAUCAAAAGCAUCAGGCACCAGUGAGAGUAGAUUUUAUGUUAGUCACUUUUGUGAAAGUCAUGUGACAUCUUCAAGUACAACCAGCUCCUCUUUGUCAUUGUUUCAUUCAGAAGUAAAGAAAAUUUUCCUAAACAACAGAGAGCAUCUAGAAAACAAACAUGAAAGAGUAAAACUUUCUUCAAAAAAAUUGUUUUCGAUAAUGAAAACUAACAAAAAUAAAAAUUUAGAGUUUUCUACUGAUAUUAGUCUUUCAAAAACAUCUAAAUUCUAUACAGAAAAUGAAAAUCUAGUUGUGACACCAUGCCCUCCUGCCCAUUUAUUUCUUUCUAAAGACCAAGUUAGACUUCUAGAAGAAAAUGUGAAAAAUCAAUUUCCUUUAAAGCACAGUGCUACACUGCAGAGUGAAACUAUUUAUCUGUGCUCAAAAUCCCAAGAGUCCUUGGUUCAGAAUCAAUGUUCGGUACGCAGGGUUAUUUCUGCCCAAGCACAAGAUUCCUUUCCAGAACAAAAUGCUAUUCAAAAUGGAAGUUUUUAUGAAACUCAAUUCCCUGGUCAAGGCCAACACUUCACUCACAGUCAAGAACCUAUCAACAGCCAGCUUGAUGAUAUGGCCAGUAGUGAUGUAACUCAUUCUCAGGACUUAAUGAAUAAGCCAUUUUGCACCAACACAGAAGACUGUCUUCUGGCCCACCAAGUGGAUAGGAGCCCAAAUCUUAUCCCAGUCCAAUAUACUGUUAAAAUACAAGAAGGUUUGCUCAAUGGCAAACAGCCUGAUGAACAUUUAGGUGAAACCCAGUAUUUGGUUUGUUUUGAAGAAUCAAGCAAGAUUAAAUAUUCUAUCAAGGGGGAAGAUAUUGCUUCUAAAAAUGCUGAAAAUCUAGAUUUAACUGUGAGUCCAAAUUCACUUAUUGAAAAUAUGCUGCAAGUGGAGAGUAUAAAGUCAGAAGACCAGCAGCAAAUUGCUUCAUCAAAAUUAAGGCAAUUUUCUCUAUAUAGCAGAAAAGCACUUGGCAAUAAACACAAGCUCAGUCUUAAAAUUUCAUCUCUAAAAGCAAAGAAAACAACUUCACUGGUAUUUCAAACCACAAAAAACAAAAAUGAUUUAGGAUGCAAGAAUAAUGCUGUGAAGAAAGAAUUACAUCAAAGGAAAGUUCUAUUAGAUAUAGCUUCACAGCUUAUUUCUGUACCCAAGUUUAUUCCUCCUUACAUUAAAAAGUGUUCCAUGAAGAAAAUAAUGGAAGUCAUGCGAGGCUUAAUAGAAUGUAGGCAUUUUCUGCAAAAGCAGAAUAAUUUACCAGGUACACAGGGCAUUGGUUAUGAAGGAUCUGUUGAGGAGCAGUGUCUCUCAGGCAUUACUGGAAGUGUACAGCAAGAUGAAAGGAAAAGUAAAGAACUAGAAGACAUUUCCCCACAAAUAUUACUUCAGCUGGAACAGUCAUUCAUGGUUAACAGUGAACAACUAAAAGCAUCUUUUUCAUUAACACAAACAAAUGGGAAGUGUAACGAGUCUCCUGAAGACCCAGUUAAAGAAACAAGAGAAAUUGAUACUACAGAAUUUCAUGUCCCAAAUGAUAAACAAUCAGCUAAGCUUCCCAUUCUAAGGAAUGAGACACCUUUGAAAGAAGCUAUGUCAAAACCUAUGACUAAAUGUGUGUCUUAUCCCAAAGUAGAACUGAACAGAAGAAUGAAAACACAGGAAGACUUACAAAAUACAGACAUUUCCCAUCUUCAACUUUCAGAUGGAGAGGAAUUACCAACUAGAUUGCCAAAAAUGCAGAGAGACUUUUCAAAGGAAAACACACAGAACCAGAACAACUCUCUGGAAAUUGUUCUGGAGUUAUCAAAUCCCAAUCCACCCAUUUCCUUAAAAAACAAUGAAAAGUAUAAAGGCAUAGAAAUUCAAGUAUGUCUAAAGGAAGAGAAACAGUUAAUAUGUAACAUUGCAGAAUAUGGCAAUGUAAGGAAAACUGAGGAACUGGAAUGCAACACUAGAAGCAACAUAAAAAAUGUUCAAGAUAAAAGUACGUGUGAUGUGUGUUGCACUGACACACCUGAUAUGCAAAUACAAAGCAGAUUAAACGCCAAGAGACAUGCAUCAGUAAUAAUAAGACUUAAUCAGUCAGCAUUAAAGCAUGAGAAAUUACCAGAUGAAAAGAAAACACAGAAUUUAAAACACAUUGAUAACAACUUUGUACUUAACCCAAAACAAGAUGGCAGAGAGCAAGAAGGACAAGAGGAAGGAGAAGGCAUUUCACCGCUGACACAACAAGUCGUCAGCUUCAGCAUAUAUCCAAAUCAAAACCCCACACAGAUCAAACUCAAAGUGGAACAAUCCAGUUCAGCAAGUGGAAAACCUCAAGAUCCAAAUGUACAACCACAAGCUCUCUCUGUUUUGGGAACAAGUUCACCCACUGUGAGCCAUCCAUUUCAAGUCAAGAAGGUAAUGCAAAACACAGAAAAUUCUCCAAGAAGAGAAAGUGCUAUAGAACCAAUGAAUCCACCUGCAAUACCAGAGAAUUCCCCAGUUGGCAAACUUUUAAAUGAAACAGAGUGUGGCAUCCUAUUUGGUGGAAAGCCCAGUAAUGUGCAAGAUGGUUACAUUGCAGAAGAAAAGGAAAACUCAAACAGAAGGUUACCUGCAGCUGCCCUGGAGUCUUUCAAUGUAAGAAAAAAAAUAUCAGGGACAAAAAAGGUACUCAGAGUAAAGCAUACAGCUAUGAAAGUAAAGAAAACAGCAGUUUCACAAAUGCCUUGUAACUAUAGACAAGGUAUUCUAAGCCAGAUUAAAAAAAUGGAAGGCAAUUUUCAAGCCUUAAUUAAACAGGUGCCACAGGAUAACAUUGUAGCAAAUAUGCCUCUGAACGUUACUUACCCUCAUGCAUCUCUUUUGCCUAAAACUGGAAUACACAGCAGAUUAAAUUUAGAGAGUUGCAGAUGUAUUAGACCAAUUUCAGAGAAAUCCCAAACUAAAGGGGAAGAAAACUGUUCAGAUUCUACUAAUAAGGAAAAUGAAACUGCAGAUACACCGGAAGCUAAACAGCAAGAUGAAGUGAAAGGGGACAAAGAAAUGCAGAACCUCAGAUUUGAUGUACAUGCAGAGAAGAAGAUUAAAACAGAGGGAGGAAUGAGUCAACCAAUCUCAUCCAAAGAAACCCUUGUGGAGACUGUUGACUUCUCCAUUGUGGAUCUACCUUGUGUCCGCAGUACAGAGAAAAGUGGAACAACACAAAAAGUCGUCAGAAGCACCGCAAAUUCAGAGAUGCCUCCUCCACUAUCAGGAGAACCACUGAGUGCAGACCCUUCAAGUCAAACAAAAAGUGGUGUUGCAGGCAAUGGAAGUGAUACACAUGAAAUGGGUUACUGUUUUGCUGGAGAAAAGGCAGAAUUACCAAUAGAUGUGCCACCAGCUCACUUCAAGACCUGUAAUUGUUCUACACCUAUUUUGUCUGAUUCUAAACCAAAGAAAAACAGAGUAAGAUUUGCAAGUAUGGCAAGUUUAUUGACGCCAAGAAAUAUAAAUAUGAAGGCAUUGAAGCCGUCAACAUCACAAAUAUUCAGUAGCAUAGGCCGUAGACAGAAAUCAGAAUUGAACUUUAAGACGGUGGCUAGAAGGAUCAGCCAAACUGAAGGAUUGGUCCCUGAGUGUCUAAAUACCCUUUACUCUCCUGUUUACAGCCAAUUGCAAAGCAUUUUCUGUCAUGCUCAGUUAAAGCCAGGCAAACCAGCAAAGAAAAAUUAUGUUGAUGUCUAUACUAAGAGUAGUGUAUUCUGUGAGAGGGACAAAAAAUUCCAAGACAAAGAAGAAAAUGAGCAAAAGCCUUCAGGAGAAGCAGCUCUAGAGCAUGGCCAGCACUUGCAGCCUGAUACGUGUCAAAUAAAGAUGGCCGGCCUUACAGAGUCAGAGGCCUCACUGACCUGUUCAGCACAGGAGCAACCUAUACAUAAGCAGAGAUUGCAGAACCAGGCAGGGUUUACAGAAGCUGCUUCAGAGGCUAGCCUCAAAAUGGACCCUGCAGAAGCUGAAGCAUUGCAAAGAACAAACAAAGCAGAAUGCGAGACAGGUGCUGAGGGUGCUAAAACUCCACUUCCAAAAUCAGGGGACUCAUUGCUUGGAUUCAGUGCCUAUCAAGAGACGCAGAAAGAUGAUGAACUGGUCAAAUCAGGUGAGGCACUGGAUGAACCAGGAGAUGUAAAUAUUCAGGUACACUCACGAGCAUAUUUUAUACAGACUAUUUUGGGUUCUAGUCCAUGCCCUAAACUGGGUCAAUUUCAGCUUGGAAAGCCAGAGACAUACAUUUCACUUUCACCUCUUAAGUCUGAGAAAGCAAAGGCUUACACGUUUUCUGGAAGAGAAAAUGUUAUCUUAUCUGGGGCAAGCCAUCACAAGCAACAGGCUGAUGGCAGUGAAAAGAAAAAGCCAGUGAUGUUUGAACUGGACAUGUCUGCUCCAUCUACAUCUCCAAAGAAGAGAAAUUUGAAGCAAUUUUCAGACAUGAAGAUACUAAUGAGUCAUAGAUGUGGAGUUAUAAAGGCAAAGAAACCACUGAUGUCAUCCAUAUUCCAUAUCAAGGGUGGUGCUAGUCCAAAUCAAAGAAAAGAAUUGGGAUACUUGACAACCAAAAUAAAAGAAGUUCAUCAAAAGAAAGAGGUAGUAGAUCAAAUGGACUCUGUCAUGACUGCUACACCUGAUAUUAAUGUGAAUAACAAGAUAAAAACCAAAAAAGAUACAUUAAGAGAAAACAAACUCCUUUCUACACAAGUAAAGCAAGAAAUAUUACUUCAUGAAGUUAGUACUACUACAGAUGACAUCAAAGAAACCAAUGUUAAAAAUGAAGACAAAGAAGAACUUGAACAGCAGGCAUUGUUAGAAAUACUCCCACAGCACAGCCAACAUUUUGUAUUCUGUUCGAGUCAUAGGAAGGAUGUUGAUUUGCAUAAAAACCAGGGAAGAAGAAAAAUUCUGUUUGUUACAGAACAGAGUAUCCAACAGCAAAUUCAGGAUACAAACCCAAUGCAAGAGGAGAAGCUGAAAAAAGACCUCCGGCCACAAGAUGGCGUGACGUGUAUACCAAGUUCAAAGCUUCCUCUUUUACAAACAGAGAGCUCAGGAAUUGGUUACAUUUCAGUUAGCACAGGAAAACACAGUGUCCCAACAGAUAGGAACCACAUGAGGGAACUGUGUAGUUGGGGCAGAGAGGAAAAGGCAGAGCUUACAAAAGGUCUACAAACACCUGCUGUGGGAUCUUUGGCUGCCUCCACUCCUGACAUAUCCAAAUCCAGAAGACGGAGAAAGGCGUUUUUAUGUAGACUCUUAAGAAAUGAAGUGAAUCUCAAAUGUGUUAUUAUGAAGACAAGGAAAGCACCAAUUUCACAGAUUUUUAAUGUUCCACGAUGUGGUUAUCUAAGAAAUAUACCUCCCAAACCCCUGAAAUCCCAGGUUGUUGAGUUAUUAACAUACUCUGGAGUCCUUUCUGAUAGGUUUCAUGUGGUGACACUCAACAAUCUUAUUGCAGUCAAGAAAAGAUUAGCACAGAAAUUACCAACUAUAAUUCGGGAAUCUUUGAAUUUCCCUGUGCAUGUUUUAUCUGCAUCUAAAAGAAGGAAAAACAAUUUAAAAUUUAUGGACAAGAAGCAUAAAAUAAGUAUCAAACAUGUAACUUUAAAGGCAAAGAAAGCACUAAUUUCGGAGACAUUUACUAUCACAGGACAUGGAAUCCCAAACCAUGGAAGAAAAUUAGAAUGCCACUCAAAAACCAUGAAGAAACAAAGCAAACCUGCGACAGACACCAUUUCUAGAAUCCCCGAGUCUCUUGACAUGAACAUGUCCAACAGAAUACAGGAGACAGACAUCUCAUGGAAAAUGGGAUUUAAUCUAAAAUUGCAACAGCAAGAGCAAUUGAUACUUGAAGAAAAAACCCGACAUGCAGAUCACAAUGAAAGGGUUAGAACUUCAAAAGUCAAAGGACAACGUACAGAAACAGUCCCCCUGCUUUAUGAACACUUCAAUUUCAAUGCUCAUAUAGUGAAGGGGCCUAACUGUGUGAAAUCGGAUCUAGAAUUGAAGAAUUCAGCAAGUGAAAAAAUGUCAGAAGCGCUUACUCAGGAGCUGCAGCAACAAACACUUGCCGUACAGAGCAUAUUAGAUUCCGUUUGGAAAUCAUUUCCAUUUGAGAAACUACCAAAAGGAACAAAAACACAAAAUGACGGAAAUGAUGAUGGGAUUCCAAAGAUUUCAUCUCCAGUUAGUGGGUGUUUAGCAGUUACAACACAAAAUGGCAGCCCAUCUGAAAGAAGCCUUCAAAAAGAACUUAGUAGUUUUGUUUCAGCAAGAAAAAUAAGAUUACAAAAGGAUUUGUAUGCAAGAAUCCUGACAUCUCUUGAUUUCUCCAUGCCUGCUUCCUGUGAAUUUAAAGCACAAAGAAAUGCGGUGCAACUCCCUAAAUCUGUAACUGAAAAAAAACAUAUGUCAUCAAUUUUUAAGACAAUUAACAUCUCUAAGUAUGGUAUGCAUCAUCAUAGAAAGAAACAAAAAUUCAUCUUGGAAACCAUGUGCAAAGAAACAUCUCAAGAUAUGUCAAAUGUAUUGAUCAAUACUUUCUCACUUAUACCUGUCUCAUCUAGCAUUAAAAUGCACGAUAAAGCAAAAACAGUGAAAAUUUCAUUAAGAAAAACAAGCAAUAUUAUGCAGCAAAAGAAUGACAGAAGGAAAAGAUUGUUUAUAUAUCCUUCUAAUAAAUGUAGUAUCUUAAGCAACACAUUUGAAAGAAUAUUGCAAGAUGAAGAAGAAAAUAAACGUGUCACACACCCAUUUUUGUCUCCCAUGCCUGUUUCAACCAUUGUCAUAAAAGAUCAAGACAUAUAUGGCAGGUCAAAAGCAGAGUUGGACAAGCUUAGAAUACAUAGUUGUACUCAUCCAGAGACAGAGAAAUCAUCAUUUGAUGGGGAAAUGCAGAAGGCCAAUUUGACUGAUAUGCGAAGUAGAUACAGCAAUGCAACAGAAAUACACAUACAACAUGAAAAGGAGGAAAAAAGUACCCAAAGGAUAUCAGAAUCAACCCCAUUCUGUAGCCAACACUUCAGUUCUGCUGUACAUCAAAUGAAAGAUCCUGGCGCUCACAAAUCAGAGUCUGAGCUGAAGAAUUCAGAAAUCAUACACAAUCAAAAUUUAUCUGAUACACUGCAAGAAACACAACCAGGAGAAACUGUUUUGGAGGCUUCUCACAGACACUUGAAUUUUCUUCAAGUUAAAUCUUCCAAUAAAAGUCCUUGUAUACACAAAGGAAUAAAAAGUAUGUUAGAACCCAAGGCACCAUUUCAAAUAGAGAAAUCAGAAAUUGGCUCAAUAAAACAAGAUACUAUCUGGAAGGAAAAUCUCAGAGUGAAGCAGGACAACUCUAUUUCUGAGAGAAAAGCAUGGAAGCAAAAAUACUUCAGAACAAUUUUCAAACCUUUAGAUUUUUUCAGACUUGUGUCCUUUGAUUUCGAAAGCCUAAGCUGCCCAUUAGGCAAGAAAAGUAUGAUGAUUCCCGAACACAGAAUUCUGAAAACAAAGCAACCACCAAUUUCACUGUUUUUUAAUAUCAGAGGGUAUCCUGCAGGAGGUCAUAGGAAGAGAAAGCAACACAAUAUUAAGUGCAAGAUGAGAGAGAGUGUGUGUGAUGGGGGAAAAGAGGCCUUACUCAGUGCCGCUGAGGAUGUUCAGAGUCCAUUUCCCAAAUUAAUGAUGGAUGAAUUCUUAUUUGAUAAAGUAGCAAAGAGUGCUGUAUCUAAUAGAGCAAUUCAAAAAAAUCUGUAUUGUCAUAUUACAGAGAAAGAGGCAGAGUUGCUAGGAAACUCCAACACAACUCUCUUGGGGUCUUUGGAUAUUGUCAUGCCUGACUCUAAUAGCCAAAUAAAUACAGUGCGGUUAUCAGAAAAGGAAAUCAUAUUGAAUUAUAAAUGUUUAACUAAGAAGAAGAAAUCAUCAAGCUUACAAAUACUUAGAGUCAGUAGAUACUGUAGCACAAAACAUAGAAAAGAAUUUGAAUCCAAUUUAAGAACCAAAAUGAAAUCCAUAUGGCAAGGUAAAAAUGCAACUGAUACAUUUUCAGAUACCAUUUACUUCAUGCCACAUACUUCUGAAAUGAAAAAGCAAAACAGAUUCGAAACAGAGACAGACAUGAGAAUAUUAAAGUUUAAUAACACACAAGUGGAAUCAGCAGUUGAAGGGGUGGCGGAACACUCCAGUUCCAUUGACAUGAGUGGUGUUUUCAACUUUUUAAAGGAAAUAAAGACACCAGAUAGAAAGAGGGAGGAAGAAAAGCCAGAACGUCCAAUGGAAAUUGUCCCACUGUGUACAAAGCACUUCAUAUUAAAUGCAUAUCUCAUGAAUGAAUCUGACAUUGGCAAAUUAGAAGACAUGUGUUUCAGAGAAUCUUACUCCCCAGAAAGUCAACUUUAUGAAUUUACACCAGAAAAUAAUAGAAAAAUAGAAAACAACACACAAGCAAGCCUAAAAGUUGAGCUGCCAGAAACGGAGAAGUCAAAUAUUUAUGCAGAACUAUACGAGCCAACAGGUGUUACUAUAUUGACUAUAUAUAAUAAGAAAAUAGGCCAUUCUAUUUUGCAAGACCAAGCUCCAUUUCACUUCACGAAAAUUUCCCUGGACUCUGUUGACAGGCAUGCGCCUAUUUCAGAAGAAAUUAGACAACAGCAUGAUAACCUAAAAAUGACUGACAGGUUAAAUCACAGAGAUAUACCUUUGAAGCUAUCACUUAAUGCUUUAGAUCAUGCUUCUAUAAGUACUGAUAAGGGAGACACACAGAACUUUAAAGCUCAGAAGAUAGGAGAGGAGAGAGAUAAAGCUAUAUUAAAUGCACAGCUAAAAUCUCCACAUACUUCUAUGUCUAUUGUACACAUAAAAGUGAAGGAAUCACCUAGAACGUGGAAUACAAUUGAACAAUCUUGUGAAAAGUUAAAUAUGCCUAAUAAAUCUAACAAUGAGAUGAUAGAAUAUGACCAACAAUCUUUGCUGAGCACAGCUUCACAGUGUAUUCAGCCAUUUGAGUUUGCAGUAGAUCAAAUGAGAGAACUUGUUCCUUUCAAAUCAGAAGCAACUUUGAUCAAUAUAGUAUGUCCCAAGAACACCUUUCUUCAGAAAACAGAAAAUGACUUAGUGAAUCAAAAACCAAAGGUGAAAGCUAGUCUAGAGUCUGCUUUUAUCUCUAAUCCCCUUCAACUUGAAAAGCAAGGGAAUGAAUUUAAAAGUGCAAACUGGAAAAUAAUAGCAAAUCCUAAAAUUCUUGCCCUGCAAAAGAAACAGCAAGAGCCGUGUAUCUCAAGAACGCUAUGGAAUUCAUAUGCCUACAAACCUAAGUGUCUUGAAAUUAUAAGCCAUAAAAGUAAAGCAAAAAUGGCAUCUGUAAAAAGCAUUCUGCAUAUUAAACAGAUAAAAUUUAAGGGAAAGAAAACACCAGUUUCCCAGCUGCUUGUAUAUGGUACUAGAAGCAAUAAAGAACUGAGAGGUAGCAUUCAGCAGCAGAGGAGAUUACAGUUGAGUAAACAUGCCGGAAGUAUAGUUCUGAAAACUACUUUUGACACCGAAUGCCUUAAAAUUCACAUUAGAAAGCUUACAGACAUAAAACACAAGACUGACAAGCUACAGGAGCGGGUACACAUUCUUCAACAGCUGAAGCUGGAGGCAUCAAGGAAAAGUCAAGUGCCGUUUCCGGGAUACACUGGUAUCCCUGACAUCAUGCAAGAUGAUGCAAGAAAAGAGGAGCAAAUUCACCAACAUAUUUUAGCAGAAAUACCACAACAAUCUAUCCAACCAUUACAGAUUAAAUCCCAGAACAUGAAGGACCAUCAUGUCAAAUUAGAUUUUCAAACAAAGGUAUACUCUGAACAAACUUCACAGAGAGGAGGAGCUGAUGACCCUCGGCUUGGUAUCUCAGGAAGUGUAAGAGGACCAGAAGUCUAUAUUGAAGAGCAAGAGGUGCAGCAGCAGAAAUAUUUCCCAAUGCCAAAGAUGUGCAAACUGAAAUUGACUGGUGACACCAAACUCAAACUAAGGAAGGAGCCUCUUCAUUUGAAAAAGACAGAGGAAAUCCAGACAAAACAAGAUCUGAAACUAUCAAAUCUGCAGAGGAAAAGAGGAUUGAAGGUAACUAAGAGUCUACCAGGUGCAAUCGAACAAUUCUGUAUCCCAGGGCCAUUGGCAAAGCAGCAGAAGCCUUUCACAGCAGUUCUGCUGGAAUCCAUCUCCUCUUGCAUACUGGAUCGGUUUCAUGCUGAGAAGCCAAAGGCAAAAGUUAACACAAAAGGCACAUUUUUAAAGAGUUUGUCUCCACAGGUAACAAAAAUCUCAAAGAAAGAUUAUACAAGUGUUUCAGAUGUGGAUCACAGGGCAAGAAAUAUUGAAAGAAUACUCUUGCUUAUUAAAGAACAAGAGAAUAGGAGGAAAAAAAAGAGAAAAGAUAAAGAAUUUGAAACAGAAAUAGACAUGAAUGCAACAGUGAAUCCCAAUUUGAUUCCAAGAUAUUCUUCUGCUGGAUUACAACUUAUUAAUGCACGAAAGAAUGUUAGCACAUUCAAGCAAAGAAAGAGAAAAGAAAUAGAUGGGCCUGUGGCUAUACAAUGGAGACAGCAUAAGUUUCAUGGUCUGGCUACUAUCUCAGAUUCUGUUCAUACAAAUGAGUUUAUUUCUACUGAAGUUGUGAAGAACAAGGGAAGAAAAACUUUCUUGAAAAAUGCUCUAUAUCCCCAAAGGAUAAAAAUGAAGGCAAAGAAAACACCCAUUUUCCAGCUGCUGAAUGUUACAGAAUAUGGAAUCCGAAGCAACAAGAAGGUACUGAAAUGUAACAUUAGGAAACAGAAGGGAUACCAGCAGGGCAAAACCAUAGCAGUUUUAGUUCAGAAUGCUAACUACAAUCCUGGCUGUGUAACAUCUCAUGCCAAAGAGGAUAUAAAAGUAAAAAGAGUAACGGACAAAACAGCAAAGCAGAAAUGCAUUCCUUUACAACUACGACUAAAGAAAUCACUAGGUAAAGCCAAAAGACCAUAUAUGCAGCCCAUUGAUAAGAGUGCCAUGCUAAGCACUUUUAAAACAUCACACCAGCGAAUUAGAAAGCAAAAAGAAAAACAAGUUGUGUUACUAGACAUUCUCCCACAAUAUGGAGGUCAGUUAGUGAUUGGCCAACACGUGCCUGAGCCUGACUAUGGCAACUUUGACACAGAUUUGGAAAGAAAACCAUGUGCUCUUCUACUUUCACAGAAGAGAGAAAUAAAUUAUAAUAGGUUUGACACCUCAAGAAUUAGAUCAGAUCCAGAACUUGAAUUCAUCAAUGCACAAAGUGUAAAGGAGAGAGAUGUAGACAUUGCUGCCAAAGGUUCAGUUUCUAUUCCACAGAGAAAAAAACGAUCAAAAAAACUGAAUAUUUUAAGUUCAAAAAGGCGGAACAUAAUUUUUGCAAAGUUGGUUAUUUCUCAACAAAAGAUUUGCAAGGAGCAAAAAAUGCAACAUCAAUGUACUUCCAAGACAGAUCAGGAGCCAGUUGCCUACUGUGUUACAAAACCCCUUCAUUUGAAAAACACAGGGACGGUAGUGAAGGAAGAAGAUGAGUGUAUUAACCAAAAAACUGUAUCCCAUUCAUUGGGAAGACAAUCAAAGGAAAGCAAAAUUCCCUUGGGUUUCAAAGGACAAGAAUUUAUUUGUUCACUUGUAGAGGCUCAGAACAAAAUGCGGGCAGUACAGAAAGGGCAAGUGAAACAAGGUAAUGUUGCAGAAAGUACCAUGGCUUCUGGAUCUCGCACCAGUAGUGACCUUCCUGUGAAACAAACAGUGGGCACACCAAGGAAAGAAAGUGAGAGCAAUGAAAAGCCACAGGAAAAAGAUCAAGCAAAGUUAAGUGAUAGUUCAUUAAAAUUAAACAAACUGAAAAUGGAUUUUUCAAAAAGCUUGUUACUGAAGCAGCAAAACAUUUGUAAUCAGAAUAAAGAAAGAAUUCUGGAAUCCAUUUCCUCUUGUAUAUUUCAUAAAAUUUAUACUGAAAGUUCAAAGAAGGAGGUCUCAGCAAAACAAAUGAGGUCAAAAGGAUUGAGCCUAAAGGUAGAGAAAAAAGCAAAUGAUGUAGAUCAACCUUCAAGUUCAGAAGGAAUUAACUUACAUAAUAUAAACAGAAAAGAAUAUCAACAAGAAAGUACAUGUGAUGCUUUUUCAACAUCUAAUUCUCCACUGGAUGUGUAUCAGAUUAAGUUGCCAUGGGUAAAGAAAGCAGUCAAGGAGGAAGAUAGUUCAGGGUACCAUAUUGCAAAAACAAAAGAAGUUGGCUUGUUUACUAUAAGAGAUGGAAAACAGCAAAAACCCGCUAUUAUAGAAUCUGCAUCUCACUCCAGAACAAAUCUAGUUGAAAUUAGUACCUCAGUACACCGAGUGACAUUAGAUGCUAUUCAUUGUGACAACACAACUUCACAAAAUAAAGAAGCAUUCGAACAAAUGGAUUUCCAAGCUGAAGAUAUUAAAAAAAAUAAAGAACAAGUCCUGCUCAGCUCAGGGAAAAAACAGAAGCACAAAUCAAUUUCCUCUGAGAACUUUGUGAAGCAUAAAUCCUAUCCACAGGAUUAUCCCUGUCUUCUGCAACAUUUGAUGCCUCAGACAGAGAAAGCAUUAUCAAAAUUAAAUAACCUACCAGGCAGAAAAGAGGAAUCUAUUGUGCCCUCAAGUACUCCAAGGGAAAUGAAAAAACAAAAUACAGUACUGUCUUUAGAAUUGUGCAACAGGGCUAUAAACCAUAUGAAUCUUUUAUUUUCAAAAGGAAUGAAAUCAUCAGAUGUGGCAAAGAUGUUUGGUUCAAUAUCAAAUGGAAUCACACCCAAGCUAAGAAUUAGUGGUAGGAAAGAAGAAUCACAUAAGGCAAAUCAAAAGAUGUACAAAGAAAUAGGUCUACCUGGAAUUUUUUUGCAUUCUCUUUCUAUAUGUAUGCCCAUUUUGAAUGCAUAUAAAGCACAGAAGGAUAACAUAGAACAAGUAUUUACAAAAGACAUAAUGUAUGCCCAUAGAAGAGCUCUGAGGUUGAGGAGAUCAAUAGUUUCACAUGUACUCAAUACCACUGACUCUGGUACCUCAAGCAAGAGACUAAACCUACAGUGGAACAUACAAGAGAACAUUGUAACUGUGGAACACAGAAAAAAAACAGAUUUGGCUGUGACAAAAAUAGGUGAGCCCAUUCCUUCUUUGCCUGUUCUUAAAUUGAAUAAAGAGACAAUUGAUGGGGCUAUGCUAAAUAAUGUAAAAAGAACACCAAGUACAUCAUGGGAAGAUAAGGUUAGAGUAAAAGCAGUGGAAGACUCCAACAUUAUUCUGAAGGCAGAAGAAUCAUCACUACCAUAUGUACUUGCUGGAAAGAGAAUGCCUUUGGUUCUGAACAUGACAAAACCAGAGAGUAAGGUACAAGAAGAUAAAGGCACAUCAGGUGAGCACCUAAAAAAUUCAUAUACUUCCUUAGCAUGCCUUUCCCAUCCUAAUUUAAAUUCAAGAACAAAAUUAGGAAGAGAUAUAUUGGGAAUACAAGGCAAGUUCCUUCCACCACCAACAUUUCAAUCAUUAUCAGAUGUCAGAAAAACACUAUUUAGAGAUUCAACUAGUAGAAAUAGUUCAAGUGGUGCUAUCGAUUCAACAUGCUUGCCACAGGAAAAGAAGGCAGGUAGAGAAAAUAUAAUAGAUGCAAAAGACAUAAUUGACCUUAUAUGUAUCACUUUGCAAGGAAAGAAGUCACCUUUUAAACAACCACUGCGUGGAACAGAGCCACAAUGUGCCAACAGAUGGCAAGAAAAAAUAAUAAAAAAGAGACAGGAACAUAAACAUAGUUUAAAGAUAGUUCAGUGUAAACCCCAGGCUUUUGUUCCUUCUUCAGCUCGCUUGAUAUGGGACCACAGAAUAAGAGAUUUAUACACACAAGGGAUUACAAGAUUUUGUCUUCCACCAUUAACACUCCAGGAAUUAUCAGAGACAACGGAAAAAUAUGAGAAAACAAGUGAUAAUGUUUUAAGCAGUAUUAAAAAAGCAAAAUGUGUAUCACAGAAUGACGGGAUGGAAAAAUCAUUGGCAGAAAUAACACAUUUGCAAAGAAUAACUUUUACAACAGGGCAACCUAUAGUGUCACAGGAAUUACAAUUGAACCUUGAUGAAGGAAAGAAAAAAAUGCAGGAAGAUGAAACUAAACAAGUUGAAAUUCACAGCAAAUCUGCCAUCUCUUUUCUAUCUCACUCUGAAGUGGGCACAAGAAUAAAAGGAGAGGAAGCCACGCCAACAAAAACACCAUUCUCUGUUCUACAACGGAAGCUCCAGGAGUCAUCAUAUGUAGAAAAAAUUGUACCACAAAAGUUUAUACCUGUUCACAUCUCAAAUAGUGUAAAAAACACCAUAGGACAUAUAAUACAGGAAGAAGAGGAGAGAAGAAAAGUAGAAAAUGUCAGGCCUUGGAAGAAAAGUUCAUCAUCAGUUACACAGGAAAUUAAGUUGGAUGUCAAAGACAAAAAGAUACAAAAAGUUAAAGAUGAAACUCCCAUUCCUUCUUCUCAUCUAAAAUGGAGUACACAAAUCGAAAAAGCAGACUGUGUAACUGACAUAAUAAUUCACACUUCCCCAGAAUUACCACAGCAGAAGUCAAACAUAGGAACAAAAGAAAAUAAAGAGUCUUUUGAAGGUGAUGUUACAAAUAAAGUGCAAAAUGUGAUGGAACUAGUCCCAAAUAAAGAAGAUAAUGUAAAGAUAAUAACCAAGAAAUACGCAAAAGGAAACAAAGCACUUUCAUGGAGCCUUUCAUUGAAUCCUGAGAAGCAACAGAAGGUGGAUCGAGAAGGUGAAGAUAAAAAAAAGAUUGAUCGAGAAGGCAAUGAGCCAUUGAAAGCAAAUGAAGGUAAAGAACCAGAGAAGGCAGUUCCAGGAGACAAAGAACAACGGAAAGCAGGUCAAGAAAGCAGGGAGCAAGGAAAAACAGAUUCAAGAGGCAGAGAGACAGGGAAUGUGGAUAUCCAAAGCAACGAAGAAAGGGUGGAUCCAAAAAGCAAGCAGCAAAGGAACCCAAAAGAAAAUGAAGAGAAGGAAAAAGGGGACCCAGAAGGCAAAGAAGUGGGUAAUACAGCAGCAGAAGGCAGAAAGAUAAGAAAUGUAGAUCAUGAAGGCAGAAAACAAGGGAACAUAGAUCCAGAAGUUAGAAAGGAAAGAAAUGUAGCUCCCGAAGUUAAAGUCCAAGGGAAUGUAGAUCCAGAAAACAGAGACCAAAAGAAUUUAAAUACAAAAAGAAGAGAAGUAAGGAUUGUGGAUCCAGAAGGCAGAGAACAAGGGAAUGUAGAUCCAGAAGGUAGAGAAGCAGAAAUUAUAGAUCCAGAAGGCCGGGAAGUAGGAAGUGUGGAUCCAGGAAGCAGAGAAGUAGGGAUUGUAGAUCCAGAAGGCAGAGAGGGAGACAAUGUAUAUCCAGAAAGCAGAGAAGCAACAAUUGUAGGUCCAGAAGGCAGAGAGCAAGGGAAUAUAGAUUCAGAAAGCAGAGACCAAGGGAAUUUAAAUAUAAAAAGCAGAGAAGUAGGUAAUGCAGCAACAGAAAGCAGAAAGAUAAGAAAUAUAGAUCCAGAAGGCAGAGACCAAGGGAAUAUAGAUCCAGAAAACAGAGAAGCAGGGAUUAUAGGUCCAGAAAGCAGAGAAGCAGGGAUUGUACAUCCAGAAGGCAGGGACCUAGGGAAUGUGGAUCUGGAAGGCAGGGACCAAAGAAAUGUAGAUAUGGAAGACAGAGACCAAAGGAAUUUAAAUACAAAAAGCAGAGAAGUAGGAAUUGUAGAUCCAGAAGUCAGAGAACAAGGGAGUGUAGACCCAGAAAACAAAGAAGUAGGGAACGUAGAUCCAGAGGAUAAAGAUGUAGAGAGUGUGGAUCCAGAAGAAAGAGUCCAAGGGAAUGUAGAUCCAAGAAGCAGAGAGGGAGGGGUUGUAGACACAGAAGGCAGAGUCCAACGGAAUGUAGAUCCAGAAGGCAGAGUCCAAGGGAAUGUAGAUCCAGAAGGCAGAAGCCAAGGGAAUGUAGAUCCAGAAGGCCGAGUCCAAGGGAAUGUAGAUCCAGAAGGCCAAGUCCAAGGGAAUGUCGAUCCAGAAGGCAGAGUCCAAGGGAAUGUAGAUUCAGAAGGCAGAGGCCAAGAGAAUGUAGAUCCAGAAGGCCGAGUCCAAGGGAAUGUAGAUCCAGAAGACAGAAGCCAAGGGAAUGUAGAUCCAGAAGACCGAGACCAAGGGAAUGUAGAUCCAGAAAGCAGAGAGGGAGAGAGUGUAGAUCCAGAAGGCCAAGUCCAAGGGAAUGUAGAUUCAGAAGGCCAAGUCCAAGGGAAUGUAGAUCCAGAAGGCCGAGUCCAAGGGAAUGUGGAUCCAGAAGGCAGAGACCAAGGGAAUGUAGAUCCAGAAGACAGAAGCCAAGGGAAUGUAGAUCCAAAAGGCAGAGUCCAAGGGAAUGUAGAUUCAGAAGGCCAAGUCCAAGGGAAUGUAGAUCCAGAAGGCAGAGACCAAGGGAAUGUAGAUCCAGAAGACAGAAGCCAAGGGAAUAUAAAACCAGAAAGCAGAGAGGGAGGGGUUGUAGAUCCAGAAGACCGAGUCCAAGGGAAUGUAGAUCCAGAAAGCAAAGAGGGAACGGUUGUAGAUCCAGAAGGCAGAGACCAAGGGAAUGUAGAUCCAGAAAACAGAAGCCAAGGGAUUAUAGAUCCAGAAGGCCGAGUCCAAGGGAAUGUAGAUUCAGAAGGCCAAGUCCAAGGGAAUGUAGAUUCAGAAGGCAGAGUCCAAGGGAAUGUAGAUCCAGAAGGCCGAGUCCAAGGGAAUGUGGAUCCAGAAGGCAGAGACCAAGGGAAUGUAGAUCCAGAAGACAGAAGCCAAGGGAAUGUAGAUCCAAAAGGCAGAGUCCAAGGAAAUGUAGAUUCAGAAGGCCAAGUCCAAGUGAAUGUAGAUCCAGAAGACAGAAGCCAAGGGAAUGUAGAUCCAGAAGACCGAGACCAAGGGAAUGUAGAUCCAGAAAGCAGAGAGGGAGAGAGUGUAGAUCCAGAAGGCCAAGUCCAAGGGAAUGUAGAUUCAGAAGGCCGAGUCCAAGGGAAUAUAGAUCCAGAAGGCAGAGGCCAAGGGAAUAUAGAUCCAGAAAGCAGAGAGGGAGGUGUUGUAGACCUAGAAGGCCGAGUCCAAGGGAAUGUAGAUUCAGAAGGCCGAGUCCAAGGGAAUGUAGAUCCAGAAGAUAGAGACCAAGGGAAUAUAGUUCCAGAAGGCAGAGGCCAAGGGAAUAUAGAUCCAGAAAGCAGAGAGGGAGGUGUUGUAGACCUAGAAGGCCGAGUCCAAGGGAAAGUAGAUUCAGAAGGCCAAGUCCAAGGGAAUGUGGAUCCAGAAGGCAGAGGCCAAGGGAAUAUAGAUCCAGAAAACAAAGAAAUAGGGAAUGUGGAUUCAGAAGGCAGAGAGGAAGGGAGCCUGGUCCCUGGAGACAGAGAAGUGGAGAAUGCAGAUCCAGAAACAAGAAAGCAAGGAAGCAUUAAUCUGUCAACCACGGAUGUGGGAAAUGUGGAUCCAGAAACCAGAGAGCAAGAGAACAUGAAUUUAAUAACCACAGAAGAUGUAAAUGUGGAUCCUGAAGGCAGGGGACAAGCCAACCUGAAUCAAGGCAAGUAUCAGCAGAACAUGAACUCAGAAAGCAGAGAUGUAAGGUAUAUGGAUCCAAAAAAAAGAGAACAAUUGAACAAAGUUGCAGAGAGCAGAGAGGUAAGGAAUGCAGACCCAGAAACUGGGGAGCAAGGGAGUGAAGAUCCAGAAACUGAAGAAAGGAAUGCAGAUCUAGAAGGCAAGGAUCAAGACAGUAUGGACCCAGAGAGCACAGACAUAGGGAAUGCAGAUCUAGAAACCAGAGAACAGGGUAAUAUGGACCAAGAAGGCGAAAAGUUAGGUAACACAGAUCCAGAAAUGAGAGAACAAUGGGGCUUGGAUUCAAAAGACAGUGAACCGGGGAACAUGGGCCUGGGAACAAGGGGGCUGGAGAAGAUGGAUUCAGAAGCCAGAAAGCAAUGGAAAGCAGAUCAGAAAAGCAAGCAGCUGGGAAAUCCAGCUCAGGAUAGCUCCCAGGAAGGAGGAACACGUCAAGAAGAUAAAGAUGAAGAAGUCGUGCUGUUCAUACAUUUACCUUCUGUUUCAUCACUAUCUGAAUAUGAGCCAAGCACAAGAGAAGAAAAAGAGGAGAAUCAAGAAACAAGAGCUUCUAUUCCACAGAAAGCAUUAGCUGCUGGGAAUAUGGCAAUCAGGGAUGAAAUCUCAAAUAACAUAGAAAGAAAGCAUGAGCCACAUAAACAACUGGAUGGAGAAGAAACUACAGUAAGCGUGAACUAUGGUGUGCAUGCCGAAGGCAUGGAUCCCAAGGCAGAGCAAUCGCCACCACUUCCACAGUUCCUCAAUCUCAGUGGGGAUAGUGGUUCUAGAUCUUCAGUGGUGCUGAUAAAUGGAAGAGAAAACUCGGGGCCUACGCAGGAAAGACAAAGCGGACUAGAUGAAGUUCUGACAUUAUCUUCUGUAUCUCUCUCUCACUUAGACAGAGGAUUCAAAAGUGAGGAUGAGGAACAGGAAGUAACAACUUCCUUGCCACCAUCCUCACAGAGUGUGGAAUCGCCCAGCACAGAGGAAUUAAAAUACCCAUUAUCACCUUUGAGUGAUAUCACAAGCAAUUCUGAAAGAACGAAGUACAUAACACAGCUAGAAAAAGAUAAAGCAAAAAUUUCUGAAGAAUGCACGCUGCAUCCCACAUACAUGGAGAUUGAGCCAAAAAAAUCACCCUCUUUACACGUAUUUGGAAUAAAUAAUCUGCAAAAAGACCUCAUAGACCAAGAGAAACAGAGACAGGAAACAACCAAGCCCCUGAGUAAAGUGCGUUCUUUCACUUAUUCUUCAACUCACUUGAAAUUAGAAACAAUAAAAGAAGAGAAUGAAGAACCAGACUUAAUACAAAGUUAUGUGCCAUGUCCUGUGUUCCAAGAAUCACUACCUUCAGGACAAGUAGCAGCUGCAGAGGCCACUGCUAGCCAAGUAAAGAGCAAAGAUCAACACCUACCACAGGAAGAAAGCAGAGUACAGACAUUAGCCAUGAAUGGUUUCACUCACCACCACGGCAUGAUUUUUGAAGCACAGACAUCAAAACCUCCAUGUGGGCAUAGAUUUGUAGAGCACAGUCCUCCAUGUGAGAGAAAGGAAAAAGCAUGGGACAUUAAAGAAAAAUUAGGACAGAAGCAGAACGCAACAUUAUGCCCUGAUGUGGUUCUGACAAAGAUAUAUCCUUCCAUGCCUUCUCCAGCUCACCAUAGAUCCUUUCCUGCACAGUCAAAGCCUCUUACAUCAUCAUACACAUGCCAAAUUCCCUGUGCAGAUCGAAAUGAAGGUAUUGGAUCACAAAAUCAACGUGUCAUUGACUACAAAGAGGUCAGUGACAAAGGAAACGCAGAGGAUGCAACAGGGAGAAUAAUGCUCCAAACAGUAAUUUUUAAAGGAGAGAGAAAAACACCUGCACAUCUAUGUCCCAGAAAGAAAGCACCUUUGAGUUUUAGAGAGCAAGGGAAAGAGGUGCAGGGAAGGAAAAGUGGACCACAAAUGAUCCGGAGCAAAAGUUUUGCUUCAUUGCCUUUUCUGUCUUACCUGAGAUGGGAUGGAGAUGUGGAGGAAAAGGAAAGCACACAACAAAGAACACAGUCUGGUUUUCCUCCCCCAAAGACUCGCAAUCAACCCGUCUCAGACAAGAAAACAUGUGCUGAGUCAUUGCAUAGCUGUAUGUUAAGCUACAGAAAUGACACAAUAAAACCUAGUCCACAUCAUGGAGAAAAAGAUAGAGUAGAUAUAAAAGACAAAUUGCUUCCUGAAUGUAUGGAUCAGAAGGUGAGAUUACCACUUCCACAUGUACUGAGUAUCAAAGAGUUGCAGUGGAAAAUUAAACAACAGAAGAGCAAGAUGGAGCAAGAGGCAAAUAAACUAAUUACAAGUGUGACAAGCAGAGCUACCAAAUUGCCUCUCCCACAAUUACAGUUCCAGGAAUUUUCAGAUUCAGGAAGAAUAGCAUGCCAAGAAACAACCACAGGAGAACUUCCAAAUGAAGUAAGAGAAUUUAAAAAACAUAUGCUUCAGAAAGAAGUGGCUAGAAAACAAGUUAUGGAUAUGAAUAGUAAAAUGAAGACCAAUGUUACAUACUUGAAGACAAAAAAAUCACCUCUGUUACCUACAUACAGUUUAGGAGACCUUCAGCGCCAAACUAGAAGCCCAGAGCAAGAAGUCAAGGAUGUUAAAAACAAGACACAAGUAGCAUUGUCUGAGACUUCUGCGUCUAGACCUUGCAUGCUUUACCUUGACAUGAAUACAGGAAUCAAGGAAGAAAGCACACCAAUGUUAACAAAGUCCUCUCUUCCCAUUGAGAAUGUCCACAAAUUCUCGGAUACCGAAGGAGGCAUAUAUGUAAAGUCAACUACUGGUGAUAUUUUAAUCAACCCACAAAAAGGAAACCAAUAUAUGCUGCAAAAGAAAGAAGACAGAAUACAAAUAGUAAACAUCAUAAUGUUCCCCAGACAUCCAGAAAUGAAGGCACUGGAAGGUAAAGGUGAAUCAGAUUUGCUCAUGAUCAAAUCUCCUACUUCAUUAUCAUCUCAACUUCAUCUCAAAAUGGAUAAAGAAAUGCAUGAUGAAAUGCUAAAACUGACAAGAUCUGUUUUGCAGAGAAUAUCAAAUAUGGGUAAAGCAGUGACUGAAGACUCACUUGGUGGUGAUAUCAUGAAAGAUGUUGAAGACAGAAAACAGGAGGAGUGGGACAGAAGGAACAUGGUUGAUAGGAGAGGCACUGAUGUAACUUUGAAGUCAAAGAAAUCAGCUUCUUCUUCUAAACUCCACAGAACAGAACUACAUGUGAAUAUCCAAGGAAAAAAACAAAAGGAAUGUGAAGGUCUAGGUGGACCACAAAGCGUCACUCUAAGAAAAAUGUAUGCUUCCAAAGCAUCACCACCUAACCCUGAACUUGAUAAAUGCGUACAAGUAGAGCAAAGACUGGAAAAUAAAGCAUUGGCUCUCGUCCCAGUGAUGCUUUCAGCAUUAUCGGAUGCAGACCAGACAGCAGGUGCAGACACAGUGAAUAGUGCUGUAAGAAAUGGCAAGCAAAAAUAUGCAUUGCAGGAAGAAACAAGGUAUCAAGUGAAAACGGUAGAUCUGAGCAUAAGAAUGCAUGACAAAGUGACAAAAAUGUCCCAAAUUUCACCUUUCCUUAAUGCAGAGGCAUUUGUGUUGAAUAUCAAAACGCCAGAGAAGAAAGAGCAUGGAGGAAAAGGUGAAUCAUGUGUGGUUCUGACCAGGACUUUGGUUUCUAUGCCAUCAGCACCUCACCCGUAUCUUGAAUCAGGGAACCAAAUAGACAAAGACACACCAAGAAUUACAGAAUCCUCUUGUCCACAGGGAAAUCUCCAGAAGUCACUGGAUGCCAAGAAACUAGCAAAUAGAGAAUCAGUUGAAAGUGAUUGUAAAAAUACUGUUAGGCAAACAGAACACUGUGUAUCCUUCAAAGAGGCAGAGCAAUCCGGGCCUUCAAACUUCAUCAUCACUGUCCGGCCAAGGGAUGAACCUGCACAUGUAAAAUCAGACCAACGCAUCUGUUUUCCAGGAUUUGGUACUAGUGGAAAAGGACUGGAAUGGUUCUUUACCAGACAAAAGACUAAGCCCAAACAAUAUGAAAAAGAAACUCUUACCACGUUUCCUUCCUGCUCCACAGGAAAUCUUAAGAAAGAAAUGGAAAAAAUGGAUCAUUUAAGCCGGAAACCAAGUCCCAGAAUUUUAGUUUCACUGCCAAUGGAAAUAUCCAGGGAAAUACUUGUUGCAAUUGGCACUCCUAUACCUGCAAAAGGAUUUUCUGGUCCAGAAGUAGAUACUCACCAACUAGGAACUUCAUCAAAAGCAUCUGUAGGGUCUGUGGAUUCGUGUAAAUUUGGUAAGUCACAGAAGGACAUAGGGAGGAAAAGUGAUGUUAGAACAUUGUCUUCCAAGGUGUUAGUAACACAUAAAAAGGGAUUGCUUAAAAAAAUGAAUGUCACCAAGUCAAAUACCACUCAAGAUGUGGAAGAACAAGAUACUGUCGUUAAAAAGCAAGGUAUGCUGUGGUCUGAAAGUGGACACGAGACCAGGCCAAACUCUAUCUGUUCUCUUACACUUCUACUUCAAAAUGGAAAGCAAAGUACAUUCUUGGGAACAGUUGAAGACAAAACCACCGUAUGUCCCAGCGUACAAACAUUACCAGGAACACACAUGGGUGUUACAAAACCUGAAGCCAGAGGAAGACAAAAAGAACACACACGGCCUAGUUCCCACCAAGAGGAGCACAUUGUAGAGUCGUUCCCAAGGUCCUUUCCACUGCCCUGGACUUCUCGGCUCCAGGGUGAAGAUCUGGAGGAAAAGGAUGACACUGACUCAAGCAUCACUGCAAAGCUAGAACCGAAAGAAAUAGAAAUGGGCAAAAACAACAUUGUGAAUCAGAAAGAAGACAAAUUUAAAAUGGGCAUAUGUAAGUUUGUACAUCAAGAAGCCAUAAUACAAGUGUCUAAGAGUGCUGUUGGUCUGAAGAAGCAGCAAGUCAGAGUGGGCCAAAGCAGCACCAUGAACCUUCCUGAAUCUCAAAUUAGUCAGAAAAUCUCUCAUUUAGAGAACAACUGUGUAGUCAAGCAAAAACAUAAAAAGAAACAAAAAAUGUCAGAUUCAGAACAAAUCGUUCAACUACAAAAAUUAUUUCAAAGAAAAGUUCUGGAUUCACUUUAUGCCUGCAUUCCUUUUGUGUCCAAAUCUGAAGGCCAGAAAGGUAGAGUAAUAAUUACAGGCCCAAAGAAAGAAUUGAGACCUAAAUAUUUAACUGUGAAAACCCCAAAUCUCCCUGUUCCACAGAUCCUUAGCGUUAGAGGACAUGGUACUCCAGGAAAUAGAACAAGAUUCGAGUAUGGCAUGAACAAAUCAAAGAAUUUUGUUUCAUGGAGUGAAGACACUUUGGGGAUAGUAAUCAAAAGUCUUUCCAUUUCCACAAUGGGUGCACUUGACACUGAAGAAACAGUAGGAUCUAAGAUAAACCAAACAAGAGAAAAGAGAAACUUUGUUUCUAAAUCCCAGGAGGAAUGGCUAAAUGCUAGUCAGAUUGUUAGGAAAGACACCUUCACAAUUGUAAAAGAGGAAGAAAAUUUCAAAAACACAGCUCCACAGGAUUACCAGCCUUCUGUGGUGGAUGAACAACGUAGGCAGAGACUGCCUAUCAUCAAAUCAGAAGCAGAGCUUAGAGGUGAAAUAAAGAAGAAAAGGAAAGAAAGCAUUGUUCCAUGUCAUGAUGACUCAAAGAUCAUUCAGAAAUCUGACUUGUCUGUGCUUGAUGAAGGAGAAAAGAUACCAAACUCCAUUCUGACAUCCACAAAAUGUCCGUCUGUGUUCCAAGAGCCAGACCAAAAUAUGGAAAAUCAUAGAGAAAGGACUGUAAAUGUGAAUCCUGCACCUCUAGGGGUGGGAGAACCGCAGUGUGGCCCUCAGCAAUUGGAUGCCAUGGAGUGUCCCCUACUACAGACGCAACGAGACCAGCGUGAGCCAGCAGGUGGCGUAAGCACACAAGAAGCUGUUCCAGCAACUGUGCCCGUGCCACCUCAAGUUAGAAGCAGUGCAUUUGAAACAGUUGCAGAUAGCAGGAGCACAGAAUGUUUACUCCCUAUUUUUGAAGUAGUUAAGAAUAUACUUGAAGCUCAGAUAAAAAAUAUGUUCCAAGAGAAAGUUUCUUCUGAUAAGGGGGAAAAAGUUCAAACCCUUAAAUGUGAUGACUUGAAAUCACUGUCUGUUCCGCAGGGUCCAGGUACAGCAUCACUAAUGUAUACCAAACUGCAGCACAAGCCUCUUUUGAAGCACUUUACUCUUGAAGAAAAAAAUAAAUUCACCAGCCAUUUGGAGUUAAAAGCACUCGAAAUAAGACAGAAUCUGAUACCAGGCAUAGCAAAACAUUCCUUACAGAAGUUCCACUUGUAUCCAGUUGAGGCUAUUUCACAUGCUAAUAACUUAGAUAGAUUAAUGAACUUUAUGCCCCCAGAAGGAGUUGGUAAGGAAGAACUUAAUUUGGACUAUGAAUAUCAAAACGGCUCAUCUCCUAAGAAGAAACCGACUGCUAAUGUUUCAAGUGACAGCAAGAAGGCCAUUGCAAAGCUGAAGGGAACUAGUAAGCUACAAAGAGGCCCGACUCCCGCAUCUCCUCUCGGCGGAAUGACUGUGCUGCAUGUUCUCCAGACCUACUCCGUCCAACAAAAAGACAAGCUUCUCAUGCACUUUUCUAUGAAAACAUUGGAGAUACGAAUGGAAACGCUUCCCCAAACUGUGAGAGAAUCUUAUGCAAUGGCCAGUGCUCAUAAUAGAACUAAAACUUUAUGUAACUGUCUUCAUUCUACCGUGAAAGUGCCAAAACAGCAGAAUAGAAUCUUCUUAUUUUCUGAGGAAAAAUCUCUUCAUCAAAUAGACCUUGAUUUACAAUACAAAUAUCUUCGUUUUCUCUUGGGGCUUUCUGUGGAAAGUAUGUUCCCUAAGUCAAAUGUACUUCCCAAACAUAUUCUUAAAUUAAACCCAAAUGCGAUAUGUAAGAAAGUCAAUGAGAGCAGGGAAAGUCGUCGUCUUUCCACCAAAACAGAGUUGUUAGAACAGCAUAUCUCUCUCAAAAAGCAAAGUCCUGUUGAAAAUUCUAUGCUCAUCAGAAAAUUCCAGGAGCCAGUGCAUACACAGAGUUCUGACCCUGGCCUCCACAGCACAGUGCAGGAAACUACUGGAGUUCUUACACAGUUAAAAUCCCAUGUGACUCCAGAAAAACAGAAGCAAUAUCAUGUCUGCUUUCGAGAAACAAGUAUAUCUAAAUCUUUUGAUUUACAGACUCAGGAAAAGGCUCCUAGUUUAAUUGGUUCAACUUCAACUCAGAUUUCUAAAGCUCCUACUGACAUUCAGACCAAUCCUGAGAAGUCAGCUGACUUGCAAGAAUGUCUGGUUUCUGAAUUGCAUGCAAAUGAGAAAUGCAUGUUUUUAGAAACCAACUCUUUGUUAAGACAAGACUCACAAAACAUUCUAGAUGAAGUACAAAAAGGCAUUCCUAUGGGAAAUCUCUACAAGAAGAAAGAGACCGCUGUUUACUUGAAACCAUCUCAGCCCGAGGGUUCAGGUUCUUAUUGCGUUAGUGCCUGUAGAAAACACACGUUAAUUGUGACGUCAACUUCCUAUGAAUCCCAGAAAAGUGAGAAACUGAGUGCAUCAGGCAAAAGGCACUCUCCUGCCACCUUGUGCCACACUUCGUUAAACGUGAUGGAACUUCCGGCAGAGUCCUCCUCGCUAUCCCUCAGUGAGGAGCACAGCUCACCUACCACCACAGAGAGCAGAACAAGUUACUCCUUAGCUUCCCUAACUGAAACAAACAUUCAGUUAUAUCUUGGGCAAAGCCCAGAAUGCAAAAACAAAAAGAAAGGCAAAGUUAAUUUAUUCAGAAGGAACAAUGUUCACUGGGACUUGGAUCACAGUUACGCACGCAGUAAGGAUAAGCACACAAGAAAGAAGAAAGUGAGGGGUCAUGAGUCACAGAGACUGGAUCAUUUGCAGAGCAAAGCUAGGUCAAUACCAAAAUGUCCUCAUGAAGAUAUCAGCUUCCACUCUGAAAGAAAACAGAGCGAGCCAUUUUUUUACGUCUGUACACCUGCAGAUGCAUUGGACGUUGUGCCCAAAACCAUUCGCUGGGUCAUCCCCUCCAAAACCUUGAAGAAGAGAACCUUCAGAGUCCCUGUGGUGGCAAAAAUUUCAAACCCUUGGAAUAUAUGGAGUGCACCCAAAAAACUAUGGAAGUCACUCACAGGUCCCUUUAUUUAGUACAAAGCUGACCUUACCAUAUCUCUAGUUCUCUGAAAUGGAAAGCUGAUUGCUAUGGUGGUAUUCUGUGAAAAAAAAAAUAAAACAAUGGAAUGCCAAGAGGUUUCUUCAUGAAGUGGUUUCUUACUUGAUACAUUUUGCUUCUACAGUAGAUUGGUGUCAUAGUCUCAGGAGACUAAGAUGAAAGAGUAGUUGACUAGCUUUGAUCCUGCCAUGCCUGAGUUCUCCUUCAG